CGCCGUACGGGGAAGUGUCGUCGAUCCCCACAAACAUAUCUACUUUUUUCGAAGUUUUCUGUACGGUUUUGUUUUAAAGUUUUGCAAGGAAGUUUUUAUGUGACCAGUCUUUUAUCCUGUCGAACUAGAAGGUUAAGAGACUGCGCUCGACGGUGUAGUUUCUUGAGUUCAUACGUUUAUUGUGUUUUUUUGUUAUUGUUAAGUUUUUUGUUUGGUGCAUCGUGCCGGUCCGGAGACCGGCGGGUCCCUUCGAGGCAUCAAGCCUGGACGCGCGGCUUACAGACCCCAGAGGACAAAGCCUUUAGGGCGUGUAGUUGUGGUGGUCGGAGCGAGCGGUUCCCGCUCCAACCGUCAAGCUGGCAGCGAGUGCGUUGAGCAUGAACCCGCACUACCACGGGUACGCGGAGCUCAGCUCGCCACACCCGCCCUCGCCGGAGGCGGCUUUCGCUGCCAACGGCCACGACUACCCUCACAACAACAACAACCCAGCGCUAAAAGAAUGCGCGGGUUGCAACGGCAAGAUAGUGGAAAGGUUCCUCCUACACGCCCUCGAUAGAUACUGGCACCACGGCUGCCUCAAAUGUGCCUGCUGCGGGCAGGCUCUCGCGGACAUGGGCCGCUCCUUCUACUUCAAAGGCGGAAUGAUAUUAUGCAAAAGCGAUUACACAAGAUUGUCUUGUUCCAGAAUGUUCGGCUCAGGGGGCGCGUGCGCAGCGUGUGGGCAAGCGAUCCCUGCCAGUGAGUUCGUGAUGAGGACGAAUGCUCCACAGCAGCCACUCCACGUGUUCCACAUAAAGUGCUUCGCCUGCUCCAAAUGUGGAUCCCACCUUAUGCAGGGCGAUAGGUAUUACAUGCUCGCGGGCUCACUAGUGUGCGAGCAGGACUGGCAGAAGCUGAUGAAGAGCGCUAACGCGACGGGGGCGCCCGGCGCGCCCAUGCGCAAGAACAAAGUCGGGCGCCCGCGCCGCUCGCGCGAAUGAGCAGCACCUGCGCGCGCGCAAGCGCCACAACACUCGCAUAAAGACUAUGAGGAGAUGAUGUCGUGUUCGUUCUUGAGUGCGGCGGGUAUGGCUCCUGAGAGUUCAGGGGCAGCGUGCUGGACUCCGCCGUCGAUGUCGUGUCCGCCGAACUUGGAGGGUCCACCGAGCAUGAUGCCGCCGUACAUUCGCCCGCCCAGCUUGUUGAGCUUGCCGUGCAUGCCCGUGCCGCCCACGUUCGCGCCGGCCGCAUCGAGCGCGCCGGGUCCCUCGCACGAGCCAGCUCUCGACCUGACGAAACCGUCGUCAUCCCUCAAGUGUCAUCUCCCGUCUCCGGCCAGCGACGGCGAGACAGAGUGACAGUGUUGUGCCACAGACGAUUUAUUGAACUUGUGACAUGAUGAAAUUAUUACUGGCAGCUCGGAAGUCCGGCGCGCCAGUAACAAUUUUUCCAUUGUCAGUGAACUGUUAAGUUAUACGUUAGUACCUACUACAUAUUUAAUUUCGGUUGUGAAAAUGGCAAUUUAUAUAACUUUAACUUGCUAUAUGUAAAUUUCCAUUAAAUUACUGAUACUUAAGAGUUGAACAGAACGAAAUGUGUUAAACACAAGGGUGUUGUUUCUAUUUUAAAUUAAAGUGAUAAUGAAUUGUGGACGUGGAAAGAUCAAGCAUAUCUUAAUGUUAAAGAACUAUUGUUUUUCAAUCACUUUUUGAUUUUUACGUUUUUAAUUAAUUUAUGUAUUAUUCUAUGAUUCUAACCAUCGAACAAAUUGAUGAUGUGACUGCGUAAUAUUGUGAAUACUGUUACGUUUACGCGGUUCGCAUUCUUAACGAAACAAUAAAGAAAUUGCAUUUUAUCAAUAAUUUUAAUGUAACGAACAAUUAAAAUGUUAACUCGAGGAUACUUCAUACCAUUUGAUGUUAGCAAAAAAAUAUAUAGAAGAAGCGAAUAAGGGGCAAUAUGUAGUGAAACUUUAAAUGUAAAUUACAAUCUAUUCAAAUCCAGAUCUUCCAAUAACUUUUAUAUUUCAUCAAUUCAAUAUGAAUCAAUUGCAUAGAAACCAUAACUUAGCCAUAACUCGUAAUCUUGUGAACCAUUGUCGAAUCUUGCCAGAGAUAACUACUUUUAACUAUAAUUUUAGAAACCUCCUGCUACAUAUAUACAUACUUAUAUAUCGCAAUAACUGUUUCUUGCACAUGUAUUCUGUGAUUUGCAAACUUACUGUGUAAAUAGUUCUCUCGACUUUUGUUAUUUCUUUAUAAACGAGCUGUAAAUCAAAUGUCUCGUUAUUUACGUUUAUAUUGUAAAUAUUAGUAUAAACAUCAUAGAUAUAAGUAGACACAUCUUGUACCUAAGCGCGAGGGCCUACUAGGCAAUUUUUCCAACGUCAAAAGUCCGAUUCGUGAUACUGAAGUAAAAUUCUCUGCAGCCUUAAUGUAAUGCGCACUAAAAAUUCCAUUGCCACAUUGCUUUCAUAUUACGAAUCGGAAAACUUUCUUCGUCAAAAAUUGUCUGACGUUUUUGGCGCUAAACUUCUUAGCAAUAAUUUUGAUGCCAACGUCUUCGAAGUUUAAAAUUCAAGUUACUAACGGUCUCUGUAUAUAUUGAUCUACGUUUUACCAGUUGUUCGAAUCGAUAUUUAAAUGUAUACAGUAAUUGUAUAUAAAUACCCUUAAACGCUAACAUUCCUUUAUAUGUGUACCUAAGAGUUAAUUGUUGCAUCUGAUAAUGACGGAAUAAACCAAUGAAAAUACUUAAUAAACGUAUGCCAUAUAAUCUUCAUGUAUUUUCAAUAUAAACCCUACACAAGGCCUCUAUGUAAAAGUGACAAUUAUUAAUUAUUAUAUUUUCGACUAAGUCACGUAACUGUUUGACGAGGAAAAUAAUAAGAAAAUACUACUAUUUUUCAACCAUUGGUUUAUCUCGUCACGAAAUAACUCCAUAUAUAACUAUAUAAUAUAUCUGUUCCAUAGUUUACGCUCGCUGUUCAUUCAGUCUAGUAUAUUUAUUCUUUAGUAAAAUUCGUCGGUCGUAAAAUAAUUUCCUUUUAUUCGGAAUCAUUAGGACAUAAUAAAUAUGUUGUUAGAUAAUGAAACUGAUGGUGGCCGGCAUACAAUAUAAUGUUAGCGUUUAGUGAAUCUUGCCAUCUAAAGAUAUGUUUAAUUUACGGGAAUUGCCACAGGCUUUGAGGUUUAAAACAAUAAAAUAAUAAAUAAAACUCGAACUACAUAAUUUUUAUAAGCACAGAAAUAUCUAGAAAUAUUUAUUAUUUAUGGAAAAAAAAUUUCAGGUUCAAUUUUAUAACAAACAUUGUCUUUUAACACCUGGUGGACUUAAAGCUACACCAGCGCCAUCUAUGAAUUGACACCUGAAGCCUGUGGUAGUUUGUUUGAGCGACAGUUAUGGUGUUACCAAUACACAAAGAAAGAACAAACAUACCUAGCCUAAGAGAGCCGGUGACAGGAGGAGAAAAUAAAAAUUUUGUAAAUUA